UUCUUUGUUUUGUUCGCACAAUUUCUCAUACAUCCAUGCAAAACUCUCUUUACAUUGGCAUCGAGAUUGCGAUUGGGUUAGUCAGGCGGUGCGGUGUUUUUUGAGGGAGUGUGAGUGAUCCUUCUGUCUGUGCAACACAAGACCCCGUGACAAUGCAACCUCAAAUCAUUUUGUUGAAAGAGGGGACGGACAGCUCUCAGGGCACCUCGCAACUCCUUUCAAACAUCACAGCAUGUCAGGCAGUGGUGGACGCUGUCAGGACUACCCUGGGUCCCCGUGGAAUGGACAAGCUAAUUGUCGACCAAGGUGGCAAGGCUACAGUUUCAAAUGACGGCGCAACAAUCAUGAAACUCCUGGAAAUUGUUCACCCCGCUGCCAAAACACUGGUUGACAUCGCAAAAUCUCAGGAUGCUGAGGUUGGUGAUGGUACCACCAGUGUUGUUUUGCUGGCUGGAGAAUUUUUGAAGCAAAUCAAGCCUUUUGUGGAAGAGGGAGUUCAUCCCAGAAUCAUCAUUCGUGCCUUCCGCAAGGCUACACAGCUUGCUGUAGAAAAAAUAAACAGCCUGUCUGUUAAAAUUGAGAAGUCUAAUGCUGCGGAGCACCGGGCCCUUCUUGAGAAGUGUGCUGCCACUGCUCUUAGCUCCAAGCUUAUUCAUCAACAGAAGGCUUUCUUUUCCAAAAUGGUUGUGGAUGCUGUUCUGAUGCUAGAUGAGCUGUUGCCCCUGAAUAUGAUUGGUGUGAAGAAAAUCCAGGGUGGAGCUCUUGAGGAUUCUCAGCUAAUUAGCGGUGUAGCGUUUAAGAAAACCUUCUCAUAUGCUGGAUUUGAAAUGCAACCUAAAAAUUAUGAUAACCCCAAAAUUGCCCUCUUAAAUGUUGAAUUGGAAUUGAAAGCAGAACGUGAUAAUGCUGAGGUCAGAGUGGCAUCUGUGAGUGAAUACCAGAAGGUUGUUGACGCAGAAUGGCAAAUCCUCUACGAGAAGCUUGACAAGAUUGUAAAGAGUGGUGCCCAGGUUGUUUUAUCAAAGCUCCCAAUUGGAGAUGUUGCCACCCAGUAUUUUGCUGAUAGGGAUAUGUUCUGUGCUGGUCGUGUUCCUGAAGAUGAUCUGAAGAGGACAAUGAAGGCGUGCGGUGGUUCAGUUAUGUCCACAGCUCACGACCUGGAGGACUCAGUUCUUGGCCAGUGUGAGAAGUUUGAGGAGAUCCAAGUGGGUGGUGAGAGGUUUAAUAUUUUCAAAGGAUGCAAAAAUGCUAGGACCUGCACACUGUUACUUCGUGGUGGAGCUGAACAGUUCCUUGAGGAAACUGACAGGUCUCUCCAUGAUGCCAUCAUGAUUGUUAGAAGGACAAUUAAAAAUGAUGCUGUUGUCGCUGGUGGCGGAGCUAUUGAAAUGGAGUUGAGCCGUCAUCUUCGAGACUAUUCACGAACAAUUGCUGGCAAAGAGCAGCUUCUCAUUGGUGCCAUUGCCAAAGCUUUGGAAGUCAUCCCUCGCCAGCUUUGUGACAAUGCCGGUUUCGAUGCCACCAAUAUUCUGAACAAGUUGAGGCAGAAACACGCCCAAGGUCAAUCUUGGUUUGGUGUUGACAUCAUGAAGGAAGAUAUUUCAGACAACUUCGAAAGCUGUGUGUGGGAGCCCGCUAUUAUCAAGAUCAAUGCCCUGACUGCAGCAAGUGAAGCAGCCUGCUUAAUCCUGUCUGUAGAUGAAACCAUCAAGAGCCCGAAGUCCGGUGGCCACGAUGCCCCGCAGAUGGGGGGAAUGCCCGGGGGCAUGGGCAGGGGCAUGGGCCGACCUAUGUAGGAUCAUUAUCAUAAAUCUUGGCUCUAAUUUAUUUUUGCACAGUCCUCAUUACCUUGUGCCUUGGUGCAUACCUGCAUCUGAAUCAUUUUGUGAUGUUUCAGUACAAUGAAUUAGGCAAGUGACUUGGUUAAAUUUGUAUCCCAGUGCCUGUUGAUGUUGUAUGCAGUCAUGUCUACAUCUGUCACGUUUCAUUUCAUUGCUUUUAUUGAUCUACUGUUAAUUAUUAUAUUUACCAUUAACUACUAACUGCACACACUGCUUUACUGUAAUGCCAACUUCUAUUGUGAAUGCAUUUCAUAGUAUUUUGUAUCAAGGAGAAUUAUUAAAUUUCUACUGACUUUA